AUGUUUAAGAUUUGUAAAAACAUGGCACCCGAUUAUAUAAUUGAACUUUUUGACCGUUAUAAAUCUGAGCCAAGAAGGGUUCUUAGAACUCAUAGACCUUUCCAAAUACCGGCAAAAUCAAGCACUCGACUUAAUAAAGCACCAGUAUUGCGAUUAAUUUCUGAAUGGAACAGGUUAUCUCCAGAAGAUAGGUCUAUUCCCACCAUAUCAAUGUUCAAAAGUAAAAUCAAAAACAAAACUUUAAAAUUCACUGACUUCAAUACAACAUCAAAACUAAAUCUAUCUCGAAAACAAGAAAUCAUCCUAAACAGAAUUAGAUGUGGACUUUAUUUUGAAUCACAAAAGUUUGCCCAUAAUUUUCCUAACACAUCUAACCUAUGUGUCUGUGGUAAGAGUGCAGCCCAAAAACAUUUAAUUCUGCAUUGCAAGCGCCAUUCUACUCAAAGAAAACGCCUUGAAGAAUCCCUCGAACAGUACAACCUAUGGACCCCACUCAAUGGACAAGAAAAAAUUGAAUCUCUAAUUUUUCAAAAUUCCCUUUCACUUGGAAAGGAUUCUGAUUUAAAAGAAAAGUUUGUUGAAUUCGUUUCUACUAUAACUUAAUUCAUUUCUUCCUGAUUUACUGUUGGCAUCUAAGCUUACUGGCACUUACUCACCCGCCUUCCUUAAAUGUCCUUAAAUGUUGUUUUAUGUAUAACUUGAAAUGCUAGCCUAUAAUGCAAAGUGCGCUACUACUGUAAUUACUGUAUACCUUUGAAUUGAAUAAAUAUAUAAUGAAAUGAAAUAGUGAGACAGAUUUAGGGAAAAUACCACCAGAACGUUUCAAAUUGUGAUAGAAGCGUGAAUUUUGGUACAGAGUUUCUUUAGAGAGUUUUAAAAAAAUUGAUCCGUGGCCGCAAGAAAAAUUUUCACUUUUUGGUCCCAAAAUUCAAGAUGGCCGCCAAUAUAUCCGACGAUCUUUCCAAAUGUUAAUACAAAUGAAAAAUAUAAUCAUGUAUUGAGCUACAAGUGCUAGAUUUAAGUUCAAAUGAAACUUUUAUGUCUCUUGAACCUCAGCAAUCAUUUUAGAUGCAUUAUGUGUCCACUAAGGGAAGAAAAUAGGUGUAAAACAAGGAUCGGCACUAUUACCAUUAUGUUUUUUAUGCGAAUUAACAUAAACAUGUUCAUAUUAUGCUUAGAUGGUUAUGCUGUAGAUCAGAUUCUCUCUCAAUCACAUAUGUUCAAACAUAUAUAAGGGUGUGAAUUCAAUAUCAGUUGCUUAAUAGAAGAAAACAUAGCAUGUGUCACUGGUUGUGCUCCAGAUUGUGCUGGCACAAUCAACGCAAUUCUUAGUUUUAAGAGAACUACUGCUACUGUUGUGAUUCAUUGACUUUAUUCACCUUAAUAUGCAUUCUUUCUUCAGAAAAAACUUCAUUUGGAAUUGAAAUGAUAUUAAUGUAUCCAUAAAUGAAUAAAUGGUGUGUGCUUUUGAGUGGACUGUAUGAAUCUGUAUGAUGAGAUAGCAAUUAGCAGACAUUAUUUUCUAUUUUGAUGAUUUUAUUACAAUUUUGGUUGUUCAGACUUUCCUAUUUAAAUUAAACCAACAAUGAACCUUUUACUGUAACUCUGAGUUUGAUGAAGUUUCAUUAAUUGAAUAUGUGGUGUGUGACAGAGUUCUCCAGUAAGGAGAUAGGAAAAGUUGAGAAACUGUGAAUUAUGAACCUAAAAUCUAUUUUGUCAAUCUAACUGCAAAAUGUAUAUUACCAAAGUAUCACAUUACUUAAUACACAUCAAGAAAUAUGUAUACUCUAAACACUGCAUCUAAAAAGUUAUAUUUGUUAUUAAAUGAUUAGCCUAUACCAGAUGUUUUAGCACUGGUAAAUUCUCUUCAUCUUUAAGCAUUUUUCAA